CGGCCCCAAAUCGGCAAAAUCGCCACCGCACACAGGAGAGGACACAGCGACGAAAGCAGCGAAGUCGGCGGCGCGUCGCGCCCCCACCGCAUCGAUCGCCUCGCCCCGGUGAGCCAUGUCGGCGCGCGACAGGGAGACGGCCGUGGCGCUGGCCCGCCUCGCCGCCGCGCUGGACGGGGCGGUGCUCGGCCUCGGCACGGCGGCGCUCGCCGUCGCCUCGUGGGUCAAGUACCUCGCCGCGUCCGGGCAGCUGCGGCGCAUCGCCUCCGCGCCGGCGGCCGCCAUACCCGACCUCCGCUCGCUCCUCGCGGAGUACGGCGGCGGCGGCGGCGACGGCGACCAGCCGAUCCUCGCGGUGGUGCGGGGCCACGUCCGCGCCGCCCCCCGAGGCAAGUACCUCGUCCCCCCAGGCUCCGGCGAGCACUGCGUCGUCGCAAAGCAUACCCAGCUGUGCUUGUUCAAUGAAUGGAGAGGCAUCUUUGGGUGGACCUUUGAUCUGCAUGCUCUCUUUUUCAAAUCAAUUAAGGAGCAGAUUAUAACAUCAUUUAGAUGGGUUCCAUUUGUUCUUGUAGAUCCUGAAAACAUGACUGGAAUGGUCCAUGUGAAGUUAGACAGGGCAAUGCAACCAUUACCUCUUACAACUGUGUAUCAUAAACUUACCCCAGUCGACUCAACUCCUUACACAUUGUUUCAGACUAUUAUUGGCAAUGGUUACCCAAUUGCGUUGUUGGAUGAGGAAAAGAUACUUCCUGUUGGAAAGGAGAUUACAGCAAUAGGCUAUAUUCGACCUCAUAAAGCAAGUGUUGAGAUCAGCUCAUGCUCAGAAAUACCUUUUUUCUUGUCUGACCUUACCAAGGAUGAGAUGGAAGCCGAGUUGUCUUCUCGUGCUAAAACACUCUUUUGGGCUAGUGUUGUUCUUGGAACAAUGUCAGUUUGCUUGCUGGGCUUUGCGACUUACAGGAGCUGGAAGAAGAUCAAAGAGCGGAGGGAGGCAAGGCAAGCCCAAGAGGUAUUUCGACAAACUACUGAUGAAGUUACAGACGAUCAGUCUAGCGAUGAAGAGGCUGGUGAAAUGGGAGACGGGCAACUAUGUGUUAUAUGCUUAAGGAAAAGAAGGAAGGCAGCUUUUAUUCCUUGUGGUCACCUUGUCUGCUGCUGCAAAUGUGCACUGAUUGUGGAACGUCAGUUCGACCCAUUGUGCCCUAUGUGUCGGCAAGACAUCCGAUACAUGAUAAGGAUCUACGACAAUUGAGGCUUCUUGAUGUUUUGCUGAUAACCCUUCGACACUGUAUGGUCACCCAGAUUGUCUGCGAGCCUGAAGACCUCAACUGAUCAUCCUGCGUGCACUAGUCUAAGCUACUUGGCUAACAAAACUAUGUUACCCUGAAUUUUGUGUAUAUAUAUGACGUGUUAGUCACUCCCAGGAGAACUCAUAUGGGCAGAGAUCACCGGAUACUUUUCAUAGUCGCAUAGAAUCCUGUAGCUAGCCAAACUGCCAGAGUCAUGAGCUGACGCCUAUAGUUGCAAUUACAGUACUACCAAGUUUUUGUUGGCUCUCCCUUCUCAUGUCUGUGCAUUCUGUAAAGAUGGUUUUGCCGCUAGCAAAAGUAUGAUGGUUCGGAUUUUUAUUCUU